CGCAGUCGAGUAUGGCAUUUAAAAAUCAACUCAUUUUGGGCUUCUGCCUUUUGGCAGUUGCCUUGUCUUCCGGAGAGAGAGCACGUUAUGACAAUUAUCGCGUCUACAAGACCAUCGCCUCCACUCCAGCUGAAUUGGAAGUCUUGAAAAAUUUGGAAGGUGCCAGUGAUUCCAUUAUGUUCUUGGAUGGCAUUCACCUGAUCAACCAGGACAUCAGCGUUGUUGUGGCUCCCCACAAAGUUCCCGACUUUUUGGAAAUUAUGGGCACCAAUGAAAUUGAAUACGAAUUGUUGGAGAGCAAUUUACAAAGUCAAUUGGAAGGUGAUGAGGAACAAGUAGCUAAGUCGGAUUCCAAUGCCCGCGCUGUAUCCUAUGGCUGGUCCCAAUACUACCAAUUGGAUGAUACCUACAAGUGGAUGCAACAAUUGGCUGUUGAAUAUCCCAGUAUUGUCACUUUAGUGGAAGCCGGCAAAACCUACCAGGGCCGUUCCAUUUUGGGUGUUAAAAUUUCCAAGAGCCAGAGCGCCAAGCCUGGUAUUUUCAUCGAAGCCGGUAUCCAUGCUCGUGAAUGGAUUGCUCCUGCCACCGCCACAUAUUUGAUCAACCAAUUGCUCACCUCGAAUGUGGCCAGCGUAAAACAAAUCGCUGAGAACUACGAUUGGUACAUCUUCCCUCACGCAAAUCCCGAUGGCUAUGUCUACACUCAUACCACCGAUCGCAUGUGGCGCAAGACUCGUGCUCCCUAUGGCAGCUGCUUUGGUGCCGAUCCAAACCGCAACUGGGGCUUCCAAUGGAACACCGUGGGCUCCAGCAACAAUGCCUGCUCCGAUACCUAUGCCGGUCCCUCUGCCUUCUCAGAAAUUGAGACUCGCUCCUUCUCGCAAUACAUCGAAAGUUUAAAGGGCAAGAUUUUCUUGUACAUCUCCUUCCAUGCCUACUCACAAUAUCUGCUGUAUCCCUAUGGACACACUUCGUCAUUGCCUUCAAACUAUAAGGACUUGAAACAAGUAUUCGAUGCUAGCAUUGCUGCCAUGGGAAAACGCUAUGGCACCAAAUACACCGGAGGCAAUAUCUACGAUGCCAUCUAUCCUGCUUCGGGUGCCAGUGUUGAUUGGGCCUAUGAGAAGGUUGGCACAAAGAUGUCCUUCUGUUAUGAGUUGCGUCCAUCUUCCAACUCGGUUGUAACCGGUUUCAAGUUGCCCGCCGCUCAAAUUAUUCCCACUGGUGAGGAAACCGUGGACUCCAUUACCGCUAUGGUUAACGAAGUUCAGAAGUUGGGUUACUUCAAAAAUUAGUGGGACUAUAUACAGCGAUACACUGAAAAAAAUGUUGAAUAUUAUAAAUCGUAGUAAAUAAUUCAGACCAAAUAAGUAAAUGAUAAAGAAAAUGAAAUAAAUACACGGAUGCAGCAAAACUAUGUGUAA